AUGGCUACCCCUAGUGUCCUUACCUUUGAUGCUGAGGGUCGUGCUGUUGACUCUGAGGUCUGGGUCGAUGACCUCCAGCUGUUCCUACAGUGCUAUAGGGCAGACGGACUCUCUCUGUUCGAUCUCACCUCUGGUGCCUCUCCUGCCCCGCCGACUACUGCUGACAGCACUGUUCGCUCACAGUGGGCCACACGCUAUGCUGCUGCCCGUCUUGCUGUGCGUUGCCACUUACCGAACACUGAGUGUGCACACUUUAGUCAGUACAAGAGUGCUCAGACCUUGUACGACGCCGUAGUUGCACGCUACUCUUCCCCUGCCACUGCUGCUCUUAGCUUCCUCAUGCUGCCGUACCUGGACCACUUCCUCUCAGUUUUCCCCACCACACUCACUGUUGACCUCCUCGAGGAGCCCCUCCUAGUAGCAGAGAAGAGCAUAGUCGCUGUAGGAGCCUCUCGUGGUGACCCUCGCACCCUCGUCUUUGAAGGGUGUUCCCCCUCCCCCCUCUUCCCCUCUGUUGCUUCUGCUGCUGCGGCCGACCUCGUUGGUUUCGAGUCAGUCGGCGCUGCGUCUGCCCCUAGCGGGAGACGCCGCACCGGCAAGGGCAAGGGGGGCAAGGGCGUUGGAGGGGCUGGCGGGGGCGGUGGAGGUGGUGGUGGAGGCAGUGGAGGGGGUGGGGGUGGUGGUGGGAGUGGUGGCGGGGGUGGAGGUGUCAGUGGCAGCAGUGAAGGCGGAGGAGGCGGCGGCGGUGGCGGAGGGAGCGGAGGUGGCGGAGGCGGCGGCGGCAGCGGUGGAGCUAGUCGCGGCUCUGCGCAGAGGAGUGGUUCCGGUGGUGGUCUGCGCCAGCAGCAGCAACGCGCUCGUGAGACCCCGUCCCCUCUGCAGCUUCGUGAGUGGUACGCUGGGCGUCAGCGAGGUGGGGGUACUGGUCCCUGCACCCACGUCCUCCGUACCGGCGACCGCACUGGUGAGAAGUGCGGGGGCCCGCACUCCACACAGCGCUGUUUCGGCCAACUGGCAGACGCGUGGCGUCACCAGUUCCCUGACGCCACUGAGAUCCCUUGCUGGGGAGAGCUGUCUAGGGUGGGGGUUGCUAUCUUUGAUCUUGAUUAUGCUGCUAUUCUUGCUGCCAUGUAUGCUAUGUCUACUAGUGAUGAGGGUGACUGUUACCUGUGUGUUCCGCCUGACCCGGGCAUUGAGACUGCUGCUCUAGGUACUGGUGAGGCUGCUGCUCUAGGUGCUAGUGCGUCUGCUGCCCCAGGUGCUGGUGAGUCUGCUCUCUCGGGUACCACAUCGGCUCAGGCCUUACACACCUUCACCCUCGACUCGGGUGCUUCUCGCUCCUUCUUUCGAGACCGCACCACGCUUAUGCCACUCAGUCGGCCGGUUGCGGUCUCCCUGGCGGACCCCUCUGUGGGUUCUGUCCUUGCUAGCUUCUCCACUGUCUUACUGUGUCCGGCAGCCCCCUCUGGCACCUUGUCAGGUCUCUACCUCCCCUCGUUCUCUACAAACUUGGUGAGUGGUGCUGAUCAACAGGAUCGGGGGGUUGACCAGUUCACUCCUGCGAGUCAGCGGGUGACCCACUGUACGUGUGCUCGGACGGGCCGACACUUGGCCACGUUUACCCGUCGGCCGGGGUCGAGCCUGUACACACUGACUACUGAGUCUCCUCCGGUUGCUCAGUCUGACUCUCCUUUGGCACCACCGCCUUGGUCACCCCUCCCUGCCUUGUCUCCGAGGCAUGGCCUCUCGUGUCCUUGUCUCUGGUCUGUUAUGUGA